AUGGCCAACAUCGAUCCCGUAAAUGAGCCAUAUGACGACAAUUUGUAUUUUGAUCCCUCGGUUUUGGAUAAAAAGGAAUAUGAAGAUUUCUCUCACUUCUUCCAAGUUGAUAUUGUGUUCGGCAGUAGGGAAGAAUUAAUCAACUGGGCGAAAGAAACUGCAGUUAGUCAUUGUCACCGUUUGAUUUGUCAGUCUAGAAGGGAGAAUGCACAGUACAUGACGUGUGACAAAUACGGACAUGGCCGACAAACGAAUAUCGAUGUGGAAGAUCCUAGAAACUCAGGAACAAAAAAAUGUGGUUGUCCGUUCAAAUUGAUUGGCAAAAGGUCAAGGUUUGAUGAAUUAUGGCGGUUGACUGUCAGCGAUGGCAGGCAUAGUCAUCGUCCGACUUUGUUUCCUCACGGACAAGGUACGACUAGUCGUAUAACUCCACAACAGAAAGCAAGAAUUAAAGAAUUGCGAAAUUCUCACGUGAAGCCAAUGCUGAUCAUGGAUAGACUGAGAAAAGAUGAUCCGACGAUACAAACCUCUAUGAAGCAUGUUUACAAUGAGUUGGCCAAGAUUAAAUCUGAGGAAAUGGAGGGCAUGACUGUUAUUCAGUUUAUGAUGCAUAACUUUCAAAAAGGCGAGUAUCGAUAUUGGCAUCGCGUCGAUAGUGAAGCGAGCAACACGAUUACAGAUAUUAUGUUUGCAUGUCCCGAAUCUAUUAAGUUAUUACGGUUGUUCCCGUAUGUUAUAUUGAUGGACUGCACAUACAAAACCAAUAAGUAUGGAAUGCCUCUUUUGGAAAUAAUUGGGAUAACUCCAGUUGGGAGGAAUUAUACAAUUGCUGUUGCAUUUAUGUCGCAUGAAGAUGCAGACACCUACGAGUGGACUUUGAAUUGUUUGAAAGAGUUGCUAGAUGGUGUCGAACCUGAUGCGAUCUUGACAGACAGAGAGUUGGGUCUUUUGAAAGCACUGCCAAAUGUCUUCCCAUUUUCGUAUCAUAUGUUGUGUAUAUUCCAUAUAAACAGAAAUGUUGAGGCAAAUGCGACGAAAUUUAUGGGAGGCAACAAGGACCAAGGUCUAAUAUUCCGACGUGUGCUGUGGGCUAAGAUGGUGAAAUCAGAAACCGAAGAAAAGUAUCAUUACAAUUACAAUGAAAUUGUUGGACGGUAUGCAGGGUAUCCUAGGCUGAUACAGUAUUUGAAUGAUACGUGGUUGAUAUACAAGGAGAAGUUUGUUCGUGCCUAUACUCGCAAUGUGUAUCAUUUUGGCAACACGAGCACCAACAUGGUGGAGAGCGCUCAUUCUUCAGCGAAGGGUUGGUUAAAUGCUUCGACCGGAGGUCUGGAUAACGUGCAAGGCAAACUUCGGGACCAAGUUUAUAUCCAAAUUAGUGAGCUGAAGUGCGAUUUUUCAUUAUCAUCCAAGAUAAGGAAGCAUACUGCAGCAUGGCCGUGUUUUCAGGGUUUGAUUUGUUAUGUUACGCAUCUGGCAUUAGAGAAAUUGGAUGAAGAGAUGGAGUCCCCGGCGAUGCAAGAUCCGAGUAUUUGCACACACUAUCUUUGGAAUACUCAUGGGCUCCCAUGCGCGUGCAAAAUUGUGCAGAAAAUGGAAGAUAAUGACACGUUCGUCAUUUCAGACUUGCAUCCAUUCUGGAGUACCAUGGCAGUUGAGCCUUCGGAGCUACCUGAGUAUCAAGUAAACCGCGAGGAGAUUGUGGAUAGACAGAUUGAUGACCUGAAUUGCAAUUUGAAGAAGAUGAAUUACACGAGUAAGAUAAAUGCCGUGGCCUCAUUGCGUGGCAUCGUUUAUCCGUCUACGUCGCAUCUGUCCGAGCCAUCAUUUGUUAAGACCAAAGGACGACCAAAGAAUAACUCGACAAAGAGAGACCCUUCUGGAUGGCAGUAUCAUAUUGAUGAGGAGACAAUUAAGUCGUCUUGUGGUUCCAAGGGUCGCCAAACCUCAUCUGGUGCAAAGAUUCCUAAAACAAAGGUUGAGAGAAGCACUGAUGGAACGCCUCAAUCGAAGAUGAAAGGUCGUGGUUCUCGUAUUGCCACACAAGAAUCUGCUGCCCCUACAAUACCUGCACAUGAAUGA